AUGAACAACACUGUUCCUGAAUGGAAUUUUGGGAGUGAUAAUACCCUUGUCACCAAUCAAAAGAAGCAAUCUAUGGGGCUUGAUCAUGAACUUGUGGAGCUUCUAUGGGAGAAUGGUCAAGUAGUAUUGCAUAGCCAAACAAAUAAGAAACCAAUGAAUUCAAGACAUGUUCAUAAGAAUCUUCAAUCAACAACAUUAAGCAACUUGAUUCAAGAUGAUGAAACUGUUUCGUGGAUCCAUCAAUACCCUCUUGAGGAUCCAAUCGGACAAGAGUUGUGUUCGAAUCUUUUAUCCGAACUUCCACCUUGUCACGUCGACUCUUACGAUUCACAACCGACUAAUACGAAACCGUCUUUUGUCGAGGAAUUCUCAAUUCCUAGGUUUCAUCAUCAUGUUCCUGAUUCGUUGCAAAAAAACAAUGAUUUGUGUGGAACGAACAAGGUCGUGAACUUUUCUCACUUUUCAAGACUUCCUAAUGUUUCUUUAGCAUGUAAUAUCGGCGACAGAGAUUUAAGAGACAAAGUUACGGGGAAUCUGUCGCAAUGUGAUAUUAGAGAGAGCUCGGCGAUGACAGUUGGUUUGAGUUAUUGUGGUAGCAACCAAGUCCCUCAAGAUGUGGAUGUAAGCAGGGUAUCAAGCGACGGUGUUUGGACAAAUACUAUAUCGGCUGAGCCUCAGCGAGUCAAAGACGAUAUUCAGAGAACAACAAUUCCUAGGCAUGAGAAAGGGAAAUCGCCGACUUUUACUUCAUCUUCCGGUGGUUCGGGAAGUAGUCUUGAAAAAACAUGUUCCUUAUCUACAAGAAGUCAUGGAAAAAAGAGAAAAGCGAUGGAUGUCGAAGAUUCGGUGGAACAAAGCGAGGACACAGAACUUAAAUCAGCCUUGUCAAACAAGGUGUCUCAAAGGUCAGGGUCGGGUCGAAGGAAUCGGGCUGCUGAAGUGCAUAAUCUUUCAGAAAGGAGACGAAGAGAUAGGAUUAAUGAGAAGAUGAAAGCACUGCAACAACUCAUACCUCACAGCAGUAAGACAGACAAAGCAUCAAUGUUAGAAGAGGCAAUUGAAUACUUGAAAUCACUUCAGUUACAACUUCAGGUAAUGUGGAUGGGAUCUGGCAUGACACCAAUGAUGCAUCCUGGAUUUCAGCACUACGUGACACAAAUGGGCAUGGGAAUGCCUACACCUUCAUUUCCUCCGCUCCAAAAUCCGUUGCAAUUACCGAGAAUGCCUUUUGAUCCGUCAGUACCGUCGUCUCAGACACCAAAUCCGACGUUAACGAGUCAAACUCCUCUUUUUGGCGCCUUUAAUUACCAAAAUCAGAUGCAAACUCCAGCUCUUCCAGAGCAAUACACUCGUUACAUGAACUAUCAUCUUAUGCAAAACGCUUCUCAGCCGAUGAAUAUGUACCGAUAUGGUCCCCAAACUGUACAAAAUAGUCAAACAAUAAUUCCAACCAGCAAUAACAGUGGAACAAUGAAUGGAGCAGCAAACAUUAAUGAUAAUGUGAGUGCCAAAAUUGGUAGGCCAAUACAUAACUCUCUAUUGUCAUAG